GCCUCCCAACCCGAAGCCCCAACGGCGCCGAUCGCAGGCCACACCCCAGCGUAACCAGACCCCUUGGUAGUCGCCGACGCGCGGGCGGCCGCAGAGAGGCCCCGGUGCCACGUCGUGGGCCCAGAGCCUGCGGGCGUCGCGCGAGGCGCGGGCAUGACGUGGCCGCCGUCGCGGCGGGGCACAGCCCGCCCGGGCGGGGAGUGUGGGAAGCCACGCUCCAGGUCGCCGCCCGCGUGCAGGGGCGCGGCGGGCGCCCCGCCCGCUCCGCGGCCGGCGCCCGCGGGCGAGGACGCCUGGCUGGGCCGCGCGUGGCCGUGGCUGCGGGUGCUGGGCGGCGAGGGCGGACAUGCCCGGCCGCGCGGCGGCGCGGGCUGGUGCUGCGCGCCGGCGGCCGAGCCGCCGGCGCCUGGGCCGCUCGCCGGCUGCCCGCUGCAGGGCCUGCGGCACGGGCCGGCGGGCGAGGGCGUGAUCAGCACCGGCCACCAGGGCAGCGUAUACGAGGUGCACCUCCACGACGGGUGCAGCGAGUGGCUCCAGUGCGCGAUGAAGGUGCCGCACGUGGGCGGCAUCUGCAUCGCAGACCCCUGCGCGGGCGCCACGUGCGCCGCGCCCGGCGGCGCGGCUCUCGACCAGGCCUGGAUCUGUGUCCCCUGCCAUGGCAGACGCGGCUUCUUCCACCUGUGCAACCCGGGCGUGGGCGACCUGGUCCUCACGGUGCUGGCGCGCGGCGGCGGCGACGGCGGCGGCCCCGCUGCGCUUGCGCUGACCAUGGCGCCGCUCUGCGGCGAGGACGGCCAGGCGUGGCGUCUGGACGCCGAGACCGGGCAGCUGCGCAGCGGGGCAGCAGCCGGCCAGGGCCUGGCCUUGGACGUGAGCGAGGGCCGCGACGAGCACGGGGCCGCGGUGAUCGCCUAUCGGGCGGUCGCCGGCGGCGGGCCGGCUGGGGACAACCAGCGUUGGCGCCUCCAAGAGUUGGCGGCCCCUGGGCGCGGCGGCCCGCUGGGCGUCGACGCCGUCCGCCUCGUCGCCAUCCUGUCCGCGAUGCCUGGGAGCCGGGCCCUGACCGUGCGGAGCGGGUGUCAGGCCAGGGUGCAACUCGCCGACGAGGUGUCCCACCUCGCGCGCUGGUCGCAUGAGGCGGGGCUGGUGCAGCUGCGGCAGGUUGUCUGGGGCUGGGGCAUCCCGCGAGGCAUCAUCAUGGAGAGGCUGGGCAAGCAGCUGGGCCGCGGCACGGCGCAGCCCGACGCCGACUGCCUGCUGAGGGACCUCCGCGAGCGCGCGGGCCCGCGGCCUCUGCUGGAGGCGCUGUCCACUGCGGCGGGCGUAGCGCGGAGCCUGGCGCCCGUGGCGAGCCUGCUGCGGCGCCUGCACUCCGACGGCUACGCCCACAACGACCUGCACGACGGCAACAUCCUGCUGCAGCCCCAGGCCGGGUCUUUCAAGGUCAUCGACCUGGGCAGCACCACGCCAGUGGACCGCUGGGCGGCCGAGGUCGGCGCCGUGCCAGGCAGCCGCUGGGGCGCCGCGCGGGACUGGCGCGCCCUGUCCGUGGCCUUCCUCGGCCUGCUGAGCGGAGGGGUGCAGCUCAGCGUGUGGGAGCUGGUGGGCACGAACGGGGACGCCACGUCGGAGGGCAAGCCGUGCCCCUGGGCUCCGCCAGCGUCUGGCGGCGCGGGGGGGUGCGACGGGCCCGACGAGGCGGCGGUGCCCCCCGACGCCGCGGCGCUGGCGGGCCGCGGGGCCUCGGGCCGCACCGCCGCGGAGGCCGCCGCGCUCGCCGCGCUGCUGCGCGCCCUGUUCGCGCCGAGGGUCGACGGCGACGAGGCGUGCGAGGCCUUCGCCGCCCUCAGCCGGGCCCGCUAGCAGGGGCGCUCCCGCUCGGGCCUCCCACGGCCCGCCCGUCUCCCUCGCCCUCGCCCCCGGGCCCGAUUCCGAUAAUGUGGACCUCGGUCAGCUGCGAUCCGACCCGACCCCGACGCCCCGGCGGUGCGACGCGGCCCGGUGCCCGAGGUGCCGCUGCCGCGCCCCUCGGCGCGGCCGAUCUGGCUCGCUUCCGGCGGCACGUGCCGACGCGGCCCGAUGCGAUAUGCACGCUCCGUUCCGACCCCAGCUGGUUCGUGCCGCCCGAUCCAGUGUCCCGAGUCGUGCCCCGCGCCUGCGGGCAAGAUGCUCAUCCACAUCCGCUGCGUCUUGGGUGCUCGGGCGCCCCUCCGCCGAUGCCGGAGGCGCCGUGGAUACGGACGGAGCAGCUUCACCCUCGGAGGUAAGCUUUUAUCCACGUCCUCUGCGCCGCGGCCUGUGGGCGCCCCCGCCCAGAAUGUCCAAGACGCA